AUGGUGGCGGUGACGGUGGUGGAGGAAGAGAUACGAGUCAUGGAGCAGAACCCCUGUACGAAAACUACAGUAUUUAAAUGUCUUAAUCUUUCAUCAAAGUCAUUAAGACUAUUUUUGUCAGAUGAUGAAGUAUUGAACAAAGACUACCUGAAUUUUGACCAGACCAACAGCAAGAUGAAGAAUAAUGAUGCUGAAGAUGAAAGAGACACAGGUUUCCAAACUGGUAGAGUGCAACCAAUUGAAGACCACAAAGUUAAAGAUGAUUUGAAGCCUGAUGUUACUGAUAACAACCAAAAGCAACUUAGGGAGGAUAAGAUGUCAAGGAUGGAGUGCAAGUCGAAGGACGACACUAGCCCGCGGGUGAAGGUGUUCGGCGUCCAUGCGGCCGAGGAGGAGGCCGGUCAUGGAUCCGAUUCGUCGUCAUCCACGACCACCACCGCUGCGGCACCCGGCGGGGCUGGGGACGGCGGAGACGGCCGCAAGUACGAGUGCCAGUUCUGCUGCCGCGAGUUCGCGAACUCGCAGGCGCUGGGCGGCCACCAGAACGCGCACAAGAAGGAGCGGCAGAGGCUGAGGCGCGCCGUGCAGAUGCAGCACCGCCAGGGCGUCGUCGGCUGCUUCCGGCAGCCGGCCGGCGUCCUGUGCCCCAGGAACCCCAUAGUGUCGGCCUUCGCGCCGCCGGCCCACCUCUUCCCGGACUCUUCCGCUGCCGGCGGGCCCCCCACCGGAUGGGUCUACUUCUCCCGCGAGCCGUCUGCGCCGGCGCCGGCACCGUCGCCGCCCUUCCACGUGUCGCACGGCUGCGUCUUCCCCUCCUCCUCCGGUGCCCGCGUGCCCCCCGUCACGCCCCUCUACUCCUUCUCCGCCACCGGCUACGGCGGAGAUGCCCGUGGCGGGCGGCUCUACGACGACAGCUCCGUCACGGGGCCGACCUCGUUCGCGAGGUUCACGGUCUCAGGCCCGGGCAAGAUGGUGACGGACUCGGCCAGAGCAGACGACUCGGUCGGGUUGGACCUCCAACUCAGCCUGGCACCUGCCGGGUCAUGACCUCUCUCUCUGAUUCCCAUCUCUCAUAUGAUGAUGAUAACUCCUUUAAGGAUUGUAGUAGAUCCUGUACAUCUGCCUUUCCCUUCCUUAACAUUUGAUUCAGUUCUCGUUGGUGAGCUGAUGAUGAUGCAAAUUUGAAAUCCACAUGCCAUUAAUGUGAUGGGAAAACAAGAAGUACAGGAAAGCCAACAUA